CAAGCCUCCACCAAUUUCAUCUUCCUCUUGCUCUCUUUCUUCUAUCUUUGGUUGCUGCUACCAUGCUGCCGUUUGCGAGCACUGGGGACGCGGAGGUGGCCAUGGGGAGGGACCUGACGGCGGUGGAGACGGCGUGGUUCCGAUACUCGACCGGCAUGUCCGACUUUUGGCUCUACGCCCACAACGUCGUCUUCCUCCUUCUGGUGUACACCCUCGCGCCGCUCCCCUUCGUCAUGGCGGAGCUCAAGCGCCCCAAGGCCAUCCAAAAGUACAAGCUCCAGCCCAAUGUCCACUUCCCUGUGGCCACCUUCGUCAAGUGCUACAAGAACGUCGUCAAGACUUUCAUCGUCGCCGUCGGCCCUCUGCAGCUCCUCUCCUAUCCUACAAUCAAGUGGGUGGGCAUUCGGACGGGCCUGCCGCUGCCGUCCGUGUGGGAGGUGGUGGCUCAGCUGGCCGUGUACUUCCUGGUGGAGGACUACUUUAGCUACUGGCUCCACCGGGCGCUGCACUGCCGGUGGGGCUACCAGCACAUCCACCGCAUCCACCACGAGUUCUCGGCGCCCAUGGCCUUCGCCGCUCCCUACGCCCACUGGGCUGAGGUGCUCAUCCUCGGCUUCCCUGCCUUCCUCGGUCCCGCCCUCGUUCCCUGUCACAUCCUCACGCUCUGGCUCUGGUUCGUUCUCCGCCACGUCGAAGCCAUCGAGACGCACUGCGGCUAUGACUUCCCUCAAACUCCCACCAAGUACAUUCCAUUCUACGUAGGUGCCGAGUACCAUGAUUACCAUCACUAUGUCGGAGAGAAAAGUCACAGUAACUUUGCGUCAGUGUUCACCUACUGCGACUACAUAUACGGAACUGACAAGGGAUUCAGAUAUCAGAAAACACAACUUGCAAAGCUGAAGGCUUAGGGCGAAGCAAACGUGCAAAAUGAGGAAAUGAAUGGCAUGUGGGAGAAGUAUGACUAAUGACAACCUUAACUGUGUUUGUAGUACUUGGCUUUGUUCAUCAAGGGAGCCGUUGCAUUCAGUAUUAUAUUGGACGAUUAAAUUA